AUGGCUUCAGCAAGAUCGAAUUCCUACCUGGCCACGAGGCCAUUAGUCCUUGGGCUUUCGAAGAUCCUCUUCCUGUCACUCACCCAAAUACCAUUCGUGCGAGCUGCUCCCCUCCACGCAGCGACGUUGUUCUCCGCGCUGAAAGAAGAGGAAGGAAAGGACAACGACGAUCCACAGCUAUGGCUUUAUCUCACGUUUGCAGCUAUCUUGGUCCUCGCGGGAGGUGCCUUUGCAGGCCUGACAAUAGCUUUGAUGGGUCAGGAUGAAAUCUACCUACAAGUCAUUCGUGAUUCUGGCGAAGGUGCCGAGAAAAACCACGCCGCCAAAGUUUUGAAAUUACUCCAGAAGGGGAAGCAUUGGGUCUUGGUCACUCUACUUUUGAGCAACGUCAUCACCAACGAGACAUUGCCUAUCGUGUUAGAUCGCUCACUGGGUGGUGGAUGGCCUGCUGUCCUUGGUUCCACGGUCUUGAUCGUCAUCUUCGGUGAGAUUGCUCCUCAAUCGGUCUGCGUGCGUUACGGUCUGCCUAUCGGUUCUUGGAUGGCUCCUUUCGUCCUAGGCCUCAUGUACAUAAUGGCCCCUGUCGCUUGGCCUACCGCAAAGUUACUUGAUUAUCUCUUGGGAGAAGAUCACGGAACUGUGUACAAGAAAGCAGGUCUGAAGACUUUGGUAUCACUGCAUCGAAGCCUGGGCGAAGCCGGGCAACAGCUGAAUGCUGACGAGGUAACAAUCAUCAGCGCUGUGUUGGACUUGAAAGACAAAUCGGUCGGUCGUAUUAUGACUCCUAUGGAUGAUGUCUAUACCUUGUCCCUCGAUGAUGUCCUGGAUGAGGUAACCAUGAAUGACAUACUCACUCAGGGUUAUUCUCGAAUUCCAGUCCACCAUCCUGAUAACAAUUCCAACUUCAUCGGCAUGCUACUGGUCAAGAUGCUCAUCACGUAUGACCCCGAGGACGCCAAACCCGUGCGUGACUUUGCACUAGCCACCCUGCCCGAGACAAGGCCUGAUACAAGUUGUCUUGAUAUUGUCAAUUUCUUCCAGGAGGGCAAGUCUCAUAUGGUUCUGGUAUCUGAAUAUCCCGGAGAUGACCAUGGCGCCAUCGGCGUGGUCACACUUGAAGAUGUCAUUGAGGAAUUGAUUGGCGAGGAGAUUGUGGAUGAGUCUGAUGUAUUCAUCGAUGUACACAAAGCGAUCCGUCGAGCCAUGCCUGCCCCUACAAGACGGAUCUCAAGGCACCUGACUCCCGAGCCAAAUGGCGCCCAACCCCCAGCUUCUGAUCUGGUUGAUAUCAAGGAACACGAUCUCCUAUCUCCUGACGACUUACAUCCUGUCCAGACCACAGAUACCUUCCCAGGCAAGACGAAAGCAAUUUCAGCUCUUCGACGGCACUCUAGUGCCAGCAACAAUGCGAGUGAAAUACCCCGCGUGAAACGAGCCGCAACAGAGGAGAUCAUGGAACACCUCAAGCAUCUAGGGCCAUCAAAUCCUGCCCAGCGCCCCAAAGCCACAAGGUAUGCGACCGUCAAAAUCAAACCCGGUACAGAUGCAACUUCGAACUCGAGUGGUCCGGUGGUUGGCGGAAUCUCGACUCCGGUGCGCAGAGUCUCUGAAUCGAUGACGGACUAUCAUGGAGGAAUCGGCGAGGGUAUCGUAAAAUCUGGAGGGAAAGGCGCUAGUGACGGUGUACAAGCUCUUCAGCAUGGAUAUGGCACAAUCUCAUCGUCACCAAGCGAUAAACGGCCGCACAGUGCAACGAAAGGCAUCCAGGCUGAUUUACUGUCAUCAGACCGACCAAAAUUCCCCAAUCAUGUCAACGAUGAAAAUGCGCGACCUCAACCAAAAACCAAAGAUUCGUCGAGUACGAUCAAUAGCCUACCUGGAUCCCGACCCCGGUCUCGAAGCCCGUAUUACCACAGUAAAGGCCCGGCUAGGAGUGGUAGUAUCACAGAAAACAUCGUGGACACUAACGGGUUUAGGAAAGUGGUGCUGGAAACUACUUCUAGCAGCGAAUCUAACGAAGAUGAAGACAACAGCGGUGCCAACAAAGGGUAUUUGAACCCCGACGGCGGGAAAAGCAGCAAUGCCAACCGCUCCGAGGCGAGCCUGCGAAGUGUCUCAGCGGAAACAGAGGAGACAACGACGGCGAUUUCGAAAAAGAAGAAGAGAAGACGUAAGAAGCGUGGAAAUGGUACCGGCGAAACAGAGCCUCUGUUGAAAUAG